ACGAACACAUUCUGUGAGACAUCAUGGCGGCAGGUGCCACUCUCCUGCUGCUGGCCGCCUUACUGGGAAUUACUCACGGCUUUUAUGGAGAUAGCAUCAGUUUCAUGCCUCCACAGAAGAACAAGGACGGGACAUUUAAGGUGACCUUCCAUCACAGACAGAACGGCAGGAGCAGCUGUCCAGCGGUGUCAUCAUCCUACACAUGUGAGAGCGGUGUGUGCAAGAGCAUCGAUCAGGCAAGUGUCCUGCUGACGGACCAGAACGGCACAGGCCAAGGCAGGUGGUGCCAGUCCGAGGGAGGCACGACGGCGACCAUCUCGACCAAUAAAACAACCUUUACUCUCAGGGAGUCCGGUUGCUGCUGGGUGUCUAAUGUGAACGGAAAGACAAACUGGACGGCUGAUGCACAGUUGGACCUGGGAACUCGAUCAGACACGCGCGCCCUCAACAGCUGUCCCGUAACAACAACAGUGUCUUCUCUACGGGCUCCUCAGAACUGUUUUUCAAGGCUUCAUCUUCUGGCUCACGAUACAGAGGGAGAUAAUGUGAGAUGCAGCUUUCCUGCAGACGCUGCGGUUCACUCCAACAUUACUCUGGAUGAGGCUACGUGCAUGCUGACAAGUAGAGGCCAUAUCAACGUCGGUGUCCACGUAUUUGAGGUGAUGCUGGAGGACUUUCCCACCAAGAACCUCACUUUGACCUACGCAGAUGGAACAUCUGCGUUUCGGCAGGCCUCCGAUACGACCGCACCACCUCUCUGCAGCAUUAAACUGCAGUUCUCACUGGAGAUUCUUCCUCCGCUGCCAAACUGUGAAGCUGGUCACGUGAGGCCCAUCUUCCUGUCGAAGACUCCUUCACACGGUGACGUUCUUCACGCCACCGUGGGUCAGAAAUUCCAGCUUUACGCCCAAGCACAGGCUCACCACGCUAGCAUAUACGACUUCCAGGUCAGCGGCCCCCAGAACAUGACCAAAGAGGUCGGAGGCGGUAUGUUUGGAAAAGCUGAAGUGACUCUGAGCUGGACACCACAGAAAGAUGACAUUUACAGAUUUGUUCCAAUCUGUUUCACUGCAGAGACAAACGAAACCCAAUCAGAGAUGAGGUGUGUUGUCAUCAUGGUGACCAAAGCGUCUAUCGUUCAAGGUAAAGCCCAUGUUACAUGCUCACCCAACAAGAUGGUGGUAAGCCUGGAGAAAGCUUCCAUGCCCGGCAUCGACAAGAACUAUCUCAAGCUGAACGACCCGUCGUGCUCUCUCACCUCCAACAGCACACACAUCAUGGGCAGCAUGUCAUUCAGCACCUGCGGCACAAAACUUGAGGAUAAAGGUGACUUUAUCGUUUUCAAGAACGAGAUCCUCUCCUACGUGCUGCCUUCCGAAGUUAUAAUCCGAAGAAGGACAGUGAAGAUUGAUUUCUCUUGCCAGUUUCCCAAAAGCAUCAGCAUCUCCAGCUACUACAAUCUUAAGAAGUCUGACUACAUUUUCACUGAGUCCAGUUUCGGCAGCUUUGGCUACACUUUUGAAAUAUUCAGCGACAGCAACUUUACAACCAAGGUGGCAGCCAGUGCCUAUCCAGUGGAGGUCAAGCUGCUGGACAUGAUUUAUAUGGGCAUUCAAGCUGAAUCAGAUCUACCAAAUGUGACUCUGUUUGUCGAAUCAUGCAAAGCCACUCCUGACGACAACCCUGAAAACCCCCUCUCCUACGACCUCAUCGGAAACGGGUGUCUGCAGGAUGAGACAGUUAAAAUCCACCCAUCUGACUCGAAGUCAUUCAACUUUGAGGUUCAAGCCUUCAAAUUUACUGGAAACUAUGACCAGGUGUACAUCACCUGCUCCGUCAUCCUGUGCGAGCCUGGGAAUUCCUUCUCCAGAUGUGCCCAGGGAUGUCUGCGGAACCCGUCCCGCAGACGACGUAAAAGAGGUCUGAGCAGGGAGACCGUCAGCCACUACAUUACCCAGGGUCCUUUGCGGUUUGUCAGGGAGGCUGUUCCCAAUGCAGCUAAGGAUAAUGAUGUUUUGAUGAAAAAGAGUGACACCCCCCAAGCAGCAGACACCAAAUCAAACCAAGGAGGCUGGGAAAUCCUCGACACCAACGUCAGCACCAUGUUCUUUGCUUCUGCUUUCUUAGUAGCAGUGGUGGUGAUGGCUGCGGUCGUUGGUUACUUCACCAGGAAGAGAAGAGCAGAUGACCGCAAAUCUCUUCUGGAUUCAGGCUGGGAAAACUAAACCCAACCAACCUCAGUUUUACACAUCAUUUUAUUUUAAGUUUCUCUUUUAAAAGCUGAUAAAAAAUCUUAAUGA